CCGCCGACGAACAGGACCGAGACCAACUUGACGAGGCUCUGUUGUGGGGUUUAUUCGUCACGAAAGGCUGCGAAGAUAUUCCGGAUCGCUCAACCCUGGGGUCGUUUCCCCUCCCCGUGCCCCACCUCUGUGCAGGAUUCACUCCAUUCAAUUUCCCAUCAGCCCGCGAAGCUGGCAGUCCCUUACGGCGUUCUCGCGGCACCGUGGCCAGCCGCACACUUCCCGGGGGCCCUCCCGACGUCGCACCCGGAGCCGCCCUUCUGCCCGCGAUGCCCGCGCCACGUCCGCGUGGGCUCCGAUUCCCGAGUGCCCUACCGGGAAUUCUGCCGCUCGUUCGGCUACCCGGUGGCGCUGGCGCGCUCGGCGCCGUGGCCGGGCGACGACGGGGCGCUGCUCGGCUUCUACGAGCUCCGGGGCACGGGCGGCCCGCUGGUGCAGCGAGGCCACGCGACGGGCUGCGCGGCGCGUGGCCACCACCCCGAGACGCUGCUGUUCGACGCCGAGGGUCACCUCGACAGCGUCCUCCUGACGCUCGGCCUCGGCCACGGCGCCGCCACGCGCGUCGCGCUCUUCUCCAGCCACGCGCCGUGCGGGCACGAGGCCCUCGGCUGCGUGUCGCGGAUCCUCGGCUUUCUGGAGGCCCACCCCGGCGUGCGGCUCGAGAUGUACUUCGCGCAGUUCGAGAGCGGCUUCGCGGAGGCGGGCCGAGGCUACCACAGGCCGCCGUACGGUCACCGCGACGGGACCGACGAGGGCGGCUCCCUACGAGAUCUCGUCGGUCUGAGGCCCCGGGUCACCGUCGCUCCCAUCAGCGGCGGGAUGUGGGGCAAGAUUCUGCGCGACUUCGUGAGCAACGUCCCCCCGCUUGCGCUGAUGAACCCCGUGAAUCACUUGCGGGCGAGAGAGGACAGUGAGAAUGCCGCUCGUCUGGCGGGGAUCACCGGGGUUUGGCCCCCGUACGUUGACCUAGCACCGGUCCCUUCAAAAAAAUACAGAGACCUCGUCUUCGGAGAUUUUGGCCACCAGUUCGAUGACCAACGUGAUCACGACGAACUAACAAAUGCGAGGUCAGAUCAUUAUUUUAACGAAAAGCGCACGACAGUCAAAAGGCCACAGCGAUUCAAUCCGGACACUCUCCAGUCACCACCGAUGAUCGUCCUUCCACCAAUCUUCAUGCCACUUGAGCAUUCUCCUCCCCCUCCUCCUCCUCCUCCUUCCCAUCCUCCUCCUCCUUCCCAUCCUCCUCCUCCUCCACCACCAGCCCACUCCUGGGGCUAUUCCCAACCCUGGACACCUUCGUGGUCACAGUCCUGGACCCAGCCCUGGACUCCUCAGCCCUGGACUCCUCAGCCCUGGACUCCUCAGCCCUGGACUCCUCAGCCUUGGACUCCUCAGCCCUGGACUCAGGCCUGGGCACAGGCCUGGACUCAACCUUGGACCCCGGCCCAGACGUAUGCCUGGCCACAGGCAUGGACUCCGAAUUGGAGACAGCCGCAGCCACAAGUGGUCCGGCACAUGACGCUGCCGGAUUUGCCACCACCACCGAAGCAGAAGGAGAAGACGAUUCAGGAGAUGCUGCCACCAAACGGGAUCAUCAAGGACUUCACCAUCACGCAGGAGAAACCGGUCAAGCAGAGCGCCGACACGACCGGCAAGAGCGACAGGGGAAAGAAGUCGAAGAAGAAAAAGUGAACAGGCUCGUGUACGCUAAGAUUCUCCAGGAGAUUAAUAUUCAGCACCUGAAGAAGCUCCCAGCGCAUGAGGCGAAACGUCGGACAUCGUGCCAAAAAAGACACGUGGCACAAACCGAAUAUACAUUGUAGGACGCACAAGGGUCGCGCAUCACCAUUGAAACAUUACUUUACAGGUGCUUAUAAACUACUGAUUGGCACGUUGCGAAUUCGUAUAGGGUACAUACACUGUACUUGUACAGCCAUUUUAUCGAUCCACUGCUGGAUGAGGGCCACUCCACACCAUGAGGGUCGCGGGCACUAUUUGCCCACGUUGUCAUCGGAAACAUUUCUGAGCUGUGCAAUGUAGCGGGCAUCACAUCAGAUGUGGCGGGCGUUGCAUCAGAUGCGGAGGGCGUCAAAUCUGAUAUGGCGGGCAUCACAAAUUAGGUUUGGCGGGCAUCACAUCAGAUGCGGUGGGCAUCACAUCAGAUGCGGUGGGCAUCAGAGGGCAGCGCAGCAAACCUCUUUGUUGGAUUGCACUCCUCUACAUUCCCGAAUCUCGUGCGUCCCACCCUUCGCCAGCCCACGGCCGAGCAGCGUGGUGAAGUAUGGUCACAUAACCCCCGUGACCUCCGCAAGCUUGGGGAGACACUCAUCCAGCCUUGGAGGGACACAGAGAGCUGGACACGCGCACGUACCGCUAUGCUAUGCUGCACCGUGCCAUAUCCCUCGACGAAUUCAUCUCCGAAAUCGAGCGCAGCGCGGUGGUCGGUGCUCGAAGCUGGGGAUGACCCAAAGCGAGCCUGACGUGCCGUUGUUCCGCGGUUUUCCUAAUAAGUGGUUUAAAAAAAAAAAACUUCAACCGCUUCAUGCACUUUAUAUGCACUCGCAAUAUGAGCUUUACGAAAUGUUUAAACGCACGCCGUGCCCUGUACGCCCAUCUAUUUAUUUAAAUGACCCAAAUGGCUACGAGGCUUCCGGUUGGUCGGUCCGUCAGUGAUACAUUUGACGAGGCUCUUGCCACGAUGUAGCUUCCUGCGCAAUGCACAAGAGCCGCUUGCAUUGGCCGAUUCACGACACACGUCCUUUGUGCUCAUCGUACAGCGAGACCGAUUAUUGUUUUCAUCAUUAUUAUUAUUACAUUACUAUAAUGUGCGUAGAGUGUCAAUAAAUGACGCAGCGGGUGACCUGGAAUUGGUGGUAUACGUGAUGCGGGUUAGACGCAAAUCACCGCUCACUCUUGAGCAAAAAACCAAGCAUUACGCGAAUCACCCUAAACUCCACACUCCUGCGUGGGUAUUGCCUCGCAGGCCCCCUGAGUCAGUGAAAGCACGUGAGCAUGUUUUUUUUUCUCUAAGAGGAAGCGGGCCAUCACAUCUGGCCAGCAGAUUUUUUUGGAAAUGAGAAGAAGAAGAAACAAGAAGGCACCGUGCCAAGGACAGGCAAAGUUGCAGACUUCACAGCCGGGGUGGUGGUGGUGGGGGGAAGCCAAGGGGGUUUUGCCGAACACGUUGAGCGUUCGGCGUGCGUCCGAUUGGCGGGA